AUGCAUCGGGCCUUCCACUGGGAGGACGGGGAGCAGGGAGGUCAGCUCGCUGCUGCACCCAGUGACACGCUUAUCCGAGAAGGCAAAACGUCGUCUCCUCCUCUCACCGGUGGACUGUCGAGGGUAAAACCCAGGAGGCUUCGAGAGGUGGUCCUCGUGAUUCUGGUUAGCACGUGGUUGACCAUGGUCGGUGGGGGAGACUCCGUCGUCUUCCCCACCGAUUGCCCCAUCAACAUGAUCCAGUGGGGAGGCUCCUGCUAUCGAGAACACACGCAAGGACCGUGCCCGUCAGGCUACGUGAUCCAAGCGGUGAGCGGUCGCCCUUGGUGUUAUCCUUCGGACCCAUCCGGCAGGCCUGCCGUCCGCGGCUCCUCCCCGUCCGUCGAAGACCUCAUCCAGGACGUGGACGGGGGAGUGUGCGGAGCGAACAAGACUCUGCUCUAUCCCGGGGAUGGGAGGUGUUACGAGUUGUUCCACGAGGGGCCGUGCGGGCCGGGCGAGUGGAUCGUGUUGGGUAGGGAUGCCUCGACGAGGUCUGGCUACGGCGUCCAGUGUAGGGUGAAGCCUUCGAGAUCUCGUCCUUGCCUCGCCAAUCAGUACCUCUUCGUGAAUGCCUUCGGACAGGCCGAGUGCGAGUGCGAAAGCCCUCAUUUUCACUACCAGGAAACGGGAGGAUGCUACGAUCUGUACACCCAGGGUCCCUGCGCCCCCAGGCAGCAUCUGAUCUACAUCCCCCGAAUGAAGCGGAUCGUAUGCCGCCACAACCCCUGCCCCGACGGCCAGAUGCUCUGGCCCGUGGACGGCCAGUGCCACGCGUUCAACUAUCGCCAUGCGGCUCCGUGCCAGCCUCGGGAUCUCGUGCUCGACCGACAGGGGGAACUCCUCUGCUCGAACGUCGAUCAGCGGGAGUUCAUUCGGUCGAAAUGCCGGCCUGGGACUUACAGGGACUAUCUGGGAGCCUGCACUCGGGCCAUUUCGUUCGAUAGACCCUGGCUAUCUCUGCUCGGCACCUUGUUCUCCUGAUUGCACCCUGCCCUGUUCUUGCGCAAACUCUGACUUUUACUUUGUUGUGAAGCACCUAUAUCGUGGAGGCAGGAUGCCAGAAGGCGGUGGAAGGGUCCCCCGUCGUCUAUUCACAUGACCGAAAGGUUUCUCCUGUCGGGAAGGACGGGAGUAAUGCUCAUUUUUGCGGUCAUCGGCCGAUGACAACAUUACGAUACCAACGAUGAACAACAGCAGGAUCCAGGAACGUCAACAGCCAGGAAUUUCUCGUUUAAAAGUGAACGACGUUCGGGAAAUACCGCAUGCUAAUGCAAAGCGAGCGGUGAGAUAACCAAAACCAACAACUGCCGACGAGGUGCAUCUUUCAAGAGAAAUUCUUGGACGGAAAACGUCAAUUUGAGGAUGAAGAUGUCUACCAGAUGUCUACCAGAUGUCUACCAGACUUCCGGUCCAAGCAGUCUUGGGAAGUUCCAACGUCUCCUUCCGGGUUCCAUCGGAAUUAGGCUCCUCUCAAGCCUUCGUUGCUCUUUGAACGAAAGGGAAUGAAGCAGUGUGCAGAAGGCUUCAAGCCCCGUUCUCAGCGAUUUAUCCAUUUUGUUUGACGCAGGUUUAGUGCUUUCUAUCUUGAUCUUCCCAAUACGAUGUAGAUUCAUUAUUGAA